UAUAUUGAGAUGGAAGUUUACAAGUUUUAAUAGUUUAAUUACUUACUACUUGAUGAUUAAUUGAUGACUUAGAAUAUUGUUAUGCCAGAAACUGAUGAAUGUUUUUCUAUAUAAACUAUAGGAUCUCAGUUUUUAUUAUAAUACACUCUGUCGGUAAACUGUGAAACUAUAACGUACAUCUUUAAAAAAAAUAGAUAAAGUUAAAUACUUUUAGAUGGCUAAUUUACUGUUUCAAUAUGUACGCUUGAUAUAGUUCUAUAAGAAAGUGUAUCAAAAAAUGGAGAAAACACGCUACAUUUCAAAUAGAGGUGUAAGACACGAAUUAUCUGACCAACUUUUAGGAAGAAUUCGUGAAACUAACUCUGAUGCUGCAGACCAUAUCAUAGCAACAAUAAAGGAUGAUUCUAAUUGUAUGGACUUUCGUAUUAAUAGACACACUUCGUCUACCAACAACAUCUUUGAUUAUUUUAAUGGAGGAAAAUUACAUAUGCCAGAAGACAUAUGUCCACAGAAGUUCAAUGAAGAACUUGAAUUUUGGGGUUUACCAGAAACUACCUUAGAAUCGUGUUGCUUCACUAAGUAUGUUUCGUACUUUGAUAACUUAAACAUUUUGAAAGUUUUAGAAGAAGGGGAAUGUAAAAGAAAUUUUGUGUUUGAAAAAGUAGCUGCAAUGGCCAGAGGACACGGAUGGAGCUCUAUUCAAGCAAGAGUGUGGUCUGUAAUGGAAUAUCCAACUUCUUCUAUGUUAGCCAAGGUAUAUUUGUACACCAGCAAUGCCAUUGUCCUGCUGUCUUUGUUUCUACUGGUCAGCAGUACACACCCGUUAUUUAGAAGGAAAUUAACAAAAGAUGAAUGGUUUGAAUACUUCACAUCAGAGGAGGAGGAACUGUACAAUGAUUACUGGUCUAUAAAUGAAACAUUGAACGGAACAGACAUAUCACUGCCCAGCCAUGUUUACCGCGAGAUCGAUGCAUUUUUGCAUCUCAAAAUGAUAACAUUGGCGUACUUUACGACUGAAUUUAUCUGCAGGCUUUUAGUAUUUCCAUUGCCGUGGAGAGGGUUUAUUACAUUUUUAAACGUCAUAGAUGGAUUAGCCCUGGUUGUAAUGUAUAUGUCGCUCAUUGUAAAUCAAGUGAAUCCUAAAGAACAAUAUCAGGAUUCUUUUCAUGAUGCCGUGCAUUCACUUCAGAUAUUCAGAGUCUUUCGAUUAUUCCGACUGGUACGGCACAUCAGCGGAUUUCGAAUAUUGGUGUACACGCUUCGUGCUAGUAUGGGAGAUUUUUUAGUCAUGCUUCUAAGUUUGUGUACAGGUGUUUUGCUGUUCUCGUCUCUCGCCUACUUCUCGCAAGAUUCAGCAUUUGCACAUAUCCCUGACGCAGCUUGGUGGGCUAUUGUCACUUUAACGACUGUAGGUUAUGGAGACAUCUACCCGUCAACUGUCCAAGGAAGGCUGAUUGCAUCAGCAUGUGCAAUUACUGGGGUAUGUCUUCUUGCUCUACUGAUUCCAGUACUUGUUAAUAAUUUUCUGUUAUUCUCCUCUCAUUAUGUUGGAAUAGAGAGACGACAGAACUCAAAGAAAGAGCAUUUCAUUAGAAAACAAACACUAGUUUCACCAAAAUAGGAUACGAAUUUAACUUAAAGAAAAAAGUGUAUUUAGUUGAGAGUUAAUUUUAUGUAGUUGAUACAUUUUGAAACUUUACAUUCUCUCAUACUGUUCUAGAUAACACUAUCUACCAUUUUCUAGAGUGUCCGCAAAUGAGUGAAGAAAAACUUUUUUCCAAUAAUUUGUAGCGUCAAAAAAAAAAUCAUUUUACGUCAUUUUAACAGUGGUUGUCUUUAACCGACAUUAGGUCAACUGGUUGCAUUUAAGGUCUUGAGGUCUUGGUAGUAAAAUUAUGAAACUCCAAGCUAGUGAAUAUAUCAAAUACCGAGUUAUAGUAAAGGGAAGAUAUUUCAGUUAGCGUGCCUCCUUGAAAGUGCUUUCAUACAUUUAUUAUGUACUUAAUAGUAAAAACAUAAACGGUACCAAUUUUCGUGCACCGGAUGAGCAUUUCGACAAUCAAUAUAUCUUCAGUGAUGCUCGAGGCCAAAAUAUUUAAAUAUCCAAAAUCUAAAACAAUUGUUAAAGAGCGGAGCAAACCAAAAAGGACCUAAAGUACUGCCAAAUCUGGAAUCAGAGCUUUGCACAACGGAGAUAUAUUCCUUAACUUGAGAUCAAAUCUCUAAUUUUAUAACAGCAUAUUUUAAUCAAACAAUAUUCGUAUUUGCAUGCCAGUACCGAAGUACAUGUAGAUGUGUAAUACAAUCAAUGGCGAUCGUUCUGUAUCAGCCAUCUAUGUUAAUAUUGAUAUCAGUCACAAUUAAAAAGAGUUAUCAAACCCCUUAUCUGUAUUACGGCAAGUCCCGCGAAAAACAUCUUUUUAUGUAUAUAAUACAGUGUAUAUUUAGGAAAUGGCUUUUUUGAAUAUCACACACCGUAUCAACCCUCUUGUGAUUAUAUUGGUGUCUCGGGUUGAUACGGGCAUGCUAUUGAAGAAGCCGUAUCAUAUUCUGUAUAUAUUAUUCGACUAUUAUUACAUUGGUAUUGUGCAUUUUGUCCAAAAGAUCAAUAAGCUUCAUUUUAAUUCAAUGGAUUGAUUGAUUGGUAUUUAACGCCACUUUCAGCCUUAUUGGCCUUUUUGCGGCGGUCAGUUUUUCAUGGUUUUAUUCAUUAAUUUGAAAGCAUAUUUUAAACUUGUUUAAAAAAACAUCUUGCUUUUUUUAUGUUUUUAUUGCCUUAAAAUGUCAAAUUACUAUUUAAAAGAUUAAAAUAAUAUCUACCAAGACUUACGCGUCUAAAGUGAUACAAAACGGUUAAAUAUACAUGUAUACGCCUUCGUGAAAUUUUAAAGAUACAGUACAUAUUUGCGUAUCUGAUUGUUUUCGCAUUGUCAUGAAAAAACGACCUCAAAUCAAAUUAAGAGAGCAUGGGAUGUACCAUGUACAUCGUACUGAAACGACACUGGAUAUUGGUACUAGCUGAAGCGGAGAGAUGUUGUAAAAUUUUGUAAUCAAAGGUAAGAAUUCCAAUCAAUUGUUUAUGCAUUUGUAAUCAUUGCACGUGUCUAAAGAUUUGUAUAAUGAUAUGUUGGAAUUGACCUGUUCUCCAAACAUUUAUAAAUGUUAGACGUCAACGUAAAUUAAAUCUGUAGAUAAAAAACUACCAUCUAGAAUCGGAAAAAAAAGAGACGCCGAUUACUUCAGAUCAAGAGAUAUAGCAAGGUUAUGUUUAAUAUUUUCCCCUUUUAUUCAAAUAUGACCCACUACGACUACACAAGACCAUAAUUUUCAUAAAUUGUCAUUUAAGAUUAUAUGAAAGUCAUAAAGACAAAGUUUUGUACGAUGGCUUGCAUUUUAAAUUUAUCUCCAUUUCAGCUAUUAUCAAUAUCCGGUGUCGCUCCUAUACGGAAAUGUACAGUCCUACAUGGUGUUUUUAUUUUAUCUCUUGCUUGUAUGGAUGUUUUCGUGUAUAUAAGAUAUUUUGUUAUCUAGAUUGCAAGCCCCCCGGAAUGCUUUCACUAAUAACAUCGAUCUUUAAUUCUUCAAUCGUACGAGUGUUUGGUUAAGAGAAUCAACUAUAGACAAGUUAUAUGUUCUAAACACUUGUCUCAAUCAAGUAUUUUGUAAUCUAGUGGUUGAAGUUAAAAUCAGACCGUUUUUUUUUCUCUCUUUUGAGUUGCUUUACAUGUUGUCCUACCGGAGACUUUUAUAGCUUACUAUGAUGAUACUUUGUUUUGAGACAGUCAUGUAAAAUCGUCCUUACAACUGACUAUUUCACUGUGUAAUUGGUUGUGCUUAUUUUAAUUGUUUGUUGUGUAAUUCACGUAUACGCCACAUCUAUUUUAUUCAUAUUGCAAUACUCUUUAGAGGGAUUUGUAGGUAACAUAUUUUGAAGUCAUAAUGUUUCCGGACUUGUUCACCACAGAUACUCUCUUUUUAGGUAGCAGUUUCCAAAUUUAUCGAUUUUGGAGGCCGAACUUUUUUUACAUAAACCAAUUUGGACUGUCACGUGACAUUUUUUUCUUUUCCUGAAUAUGCAUAAAAUAUAUUUAUUUAUAGUACGGAAGCACAUGUAUUUGUUUUGGUAAAACACGUGUGUUUGUUUACAUCAACACUUGUUUUAGAAUACUAGUAAUGUGUUUUACGGCGACCUAUAGUAUAAACUAUAGUUAUUUUAAAACUUUUAUGCCAAUUGGUCUCUGGUGGAGAGUUAUAAAUCUCAUUGACAAUCAUAACACAUCUUCUUAUUUUUAUAUUUAUAUAUAAAGGUUUUCCAUUAGAUACAUUUGUCGCAGUGCAGGAAAUAUUCUCCGAAUUAUACACAUAAAUUAAAUAAAAUUUAUAGUGUAAUUAUUCGAAGUUAUCACGCCUUACGCUGAGUAGAAUACUACAUGCAAAUGCCUUGGUUGUAUUACUUCCCCCUCUCAUUUAGACAGUCUUUUGUUUUUAUGUGAAAAGUAAUGGUUAUUUAUAAAGCUUUAUAUUACAUUACAUUUUAACUGGAUGGCUGUGACUGAAUCUGUAUAAUUUAUGAAUGACUGUUUUAUAAUGGACGAGAAUAAGCCGUAAUGUGUUUUAUAAUGGACGAAAAUGAGCCGUAAUGUGUUUUAUAAUGGACGAGAAUGAGCCGUAAUGUGUUUUAGAUGUAAAAUAUACUGUUUUUUUUUUUAUUUUGAGAAGUUGUAUACGUUUGAUAAUAAAUUAAAUGCUACUUUCAUAAUGAGAGGUCAUUUCUUA